AUGACAACAAUCGAAGAAAAAUUGGAAAAGGCAGAAGGGUGGUAUGAAGAGGCGAAGAAGAAUUUGAUGGAUUCGGAGAAGAGAGAUUACAAAGGGGGUGAAAUUAAACGAGUUGCAGGAGAAGUUGAUCGAAGAAAAAAUGGGGUUGAAGAAGGAAAAAAAGACUGGAGAAACCAGGUGGUGGAGUUGCAGAGGGCGCUAAUUGAAUUUGGAAAAGAAAAAGGAAAACGUAUGGCAGAAGAAGAGCGUGUUGAUGGUAUUGAAAGAGGGAAAAAGUUGACUACGGCUCCAUCCAGUCUUGGAAAAGCAUCAGACUACAUCGAAGUGCAAACGCAAAACUGUUUUAUAACGGCUAUCCACAAUCACUCUAACCUCCUCCACUUGUGUUUAUCAGCAUCACAUCUUAGAAUUGCUGGUGCUUUUUAUAAUGGAGACUAUUUAAUUGAAGGUCUAGCAGAAAUUUCAUUAGACUGUUUUGAAUCUACGAACACAAAUAAUUGGAAGGAUGUUGCUUGCUCUUAA